UUGAAGUGGGUCAAUCAAUAUAUGAACCUACUCUAUCUCUCUCUCCUCAUACGAUAGAACUCUCUUUUAGCAAAGGGAGAUGCGCGCGUGAAAAUUCAUUUCAGUGCGCGUUAAAUUUGUCCUCCGCCAAGUCCAAAGAUGUCCGAUAAUUUAACAAUCGUACAAAUUCCUGAGGAUCGUUACGCCGAUGCUAUCGAUCAUUUGAAAUGGAACUUCUUCGCGGAUGAACCAUUGAAUCAGGCUGUUGGAUUAUGCGAAAAGGGUAAAUCUCAUUUCGAACUUGAAAGACAUUGUCUGUUGACUUUAAAUCAGGGAUACUCAAGGAUGCUAGUGACAGAAACUGGAACUAUAGCAGGUAUGACUCUAAAUGGUGUUUUAAAUGAAAAGGAAAGAGACGAAGCUAGUCGACGACUUGAGGAAAUAAACGACAAACAAUUUAAAACAAUUUUCGGUCAACUGUACAAAGUCAACAAAAAGGUUGAUCUAUUUAAGAAAUACAAUGUCCAGGAAUUAUUCGAAUGUCGUAUUUUAAGCGUAGAUGAGAAUUUUCGCGGGAAAGGCUUAGCAAAUAUUUUAAUGUCAGAUAGUCUUGAAGUAGCAAAGAAAGCUGGUUUCAAGGUGUUCAAAGCUGAUGCUACUGGUAUGUAUUCUCAAAAAGUUUGUUUAAAGCACGGCUUUCAAGUCGAAGCAGAGAUUCCUUACACAGAUCUUCCAGAAAACAUAAGACCUGCACCACCUCAUCAAGCUGUUAAACUUAUGGUAAAACUGUUGCAUUAGAAAGGUAUAUAUAAAUAUAAAUAAUCCUAUGUGAUAUAAUUAAACGAUUCAAUACAUUGACGAAGUUAUACAGCAUAAAAAGUAGAUAAAAAAGAAAGUAUAUGUAUCGUUGUGACAAUAACAGCUCUAUAAUAUAUUUGUUGGUGAUAUUAAAAGAUGCGUUAAUGUCUAUACAAUAAUAAUGAUUAGGUGUCGAAAAAUUGGACCACAUAUUUGCUUAGAACGUAUAAAUCAAUAAUCCGAGUUGUUCGGCUACUGCCCCUGGUUUAUGUGUUCCAAGCAAAGUUAUUCAAAUUUAUGAACUCAACGAUAACAACCAUUGACGAGCAUUUUUACAUUCCGUUGAUUCAGAAACAACGUUAAAACAAAUUAUUCAUUCUAAUUCUGCUUUACAAAGGGGUGCAUAUAAAAUGUCUAUUUAGAUAAAUAUACCUAUAUAUAAAUCUGUUAAAUAUUAUGAGAUUAUAUAAUAACGAUGAUCAUUGAUGUAUGCAUCAGAAAAGACAAUAGUCUAAUAGAAAGUCAUAAUAUAUAUAAGCAUGUAUUAAGAAAUUAUUUAUUAUUUUCUGAUUACAAUAUACGAAAAUGAAAGAGACAAUGUAAGACGUUUAACGCGUAUCGAUAAAGAAACUUCCUUUUUUGUUGCAAUCAUUGACGAAGCACGAGACACAGAACUUUUACAUGAUCUAUACAUUUAUCUUUCGGACAAGACAAAGAAUUUAAUAUACAGCGAGGUAUAUAAAUAAGAAUAUGAAUUACAAGAUGACGGGUCCAUUUGCAAAUAAUUAUACAAAUUAUGAGAAAUAGUAUUUUUGUCAGUGUCACGUGUGUUAUAAGAAAUAUAUACGUUAUUUUGUAAGAAUGUCCGCCAAAUAAAGUUUAUAAUAAUU